AUGGUCCGGAUGAUUAUAUUGAUCCGCCACGCUCAGAGCGAGGGCAACAAGAACCGCGACAUCCACCAGUUCAUCCCCGAUCACCGCGUGAAGCUUACCCCGGAUGGCUGGCAGCAGGCUGAAGAUGCAGGGACCCGCCUCCGCUCGCUACUGAGACCCGACGACACCCUCCAAUUCUUUACCUCGCCCUACCGCCGCACGCGCGAAACCACCGAAGGCAUCCUCCGCACGCUUACCUCGGACGAGCAUACACCCUCCCCCUUUCCACGUCACAAGAUUAAGGUCUUCGAGGAGCCCAGGCUGCGGGAGCAGGACUUUGGAAAUUUCCAGCCAUGUUCGGCUGAAAUGGAGAGGAUGUGGCAGGAGCGCGCCGACUACGGCCACUUCUUCUACCGCAUCCCCAACGGAGAGAGCGCCGCAGAUGCAUACGACCGCGUCAGCGGCUUCAACGAGAGCUUGUGGAGACUGUUUGGCGAGGAGGACUUCCCUAGCGUAUGCGUUUUGGUUACGCAUGGCCUGAUGACCAGAGUGUUCCUCAUGAAGUGGUACCACUGGUCUGUCGAGUACUUCGAGGACCUCCGCAACAUUAACCACUGCGAAUUCAUCAUCAUGAAGCAGAAUCUGGACAACGGCAAAUAUAUCCUAGAGAAUGAAUUGCGCACGUGGUCAGACCUGAAGCGCCGUACUGCCGCAGCCCACGGAAAUUCAACCAAUGGCUCGUCAGCAACGACUACAGGGCCUCCACCCCCGCUUUACUCGGAUUCUCCCACGCUGGCAGCUCGCCAAUGGGGCGGAUGUGUUCAUGGCUGUAAUCAUGACAAGAUUAACUUUCCCCGGCGCACACGGCGUCAGAACACUGCGGACUUGGACAAGCUCGCAGCAUUACCCGGGCCUGCCGUCGCGGAGCCAGAGUCAGAACUGCCAGAUAACCCAGCAGGGGCUCAUGAAGGAAAUGGUGCUCCUGCAUCUUCGGACGUGGAUGAUACACCUACAUCAUCUGACGCUGACAGCACGAAGCAAAAUCCCGCCCCUCGUGCUGUAUUACGGCUCCAUCCCGGGCGUGACUUUGGCGGGUCACGGUCAGGCGCCGGCACCCCAGCGGAGGGAUUCUCAGAUGAAAGCGAUUACUUCUCUUCUGCCCUUCGGAAGGGCAGCACGCACAGAGAGCGGUCCAAAGUGAGAAGACGGCAUGAGAAGACGUGGAAGGAAGAGAGUGGAAUGGGUACGGGGGCAAGAGCAGAUGCGCUCGGCGACGGAGACAGCGGUGACGAAGCUGGCGAUGACGAAGCAGAACUUACCGGAGGUGACAACGCCACAGACGAAGAAAGGGAAGAACUAGUGGAAGCAGCCAAGCUGAAAAGCCGCAAGGGGUUCGGUGAAAUCUACUAA